ACCCCAGGCUUGUGGUGCCACUUGUAUGUGUUUCUAAAUCAAUGAUGAGGGUAUCGGAACCGAUACUGGACAUGGACAUGGCAAAUUACAGUGAAGUUUUGGACCCCACUUACACAACUCUGGAGUUUGAAACUAUGCAGAUUCUGUAUAAUUCGAAUGAUAGUUCUGCUCCAGAGACAUCAAGUAUGAAUACCGCAGACAACGGUGUCAACUGUCUAUGUGCUAUAUGUGGGGACAGAGCCACAGGAAAGCACUAUGGGGCAUCGAGCUGCGACGGGUGCAAGGGCUUUUUCAGACGCAGCAUUCGCAAGAGUCACGUUUAUUCCUGCAGGUUUAGUCGACAAUGUGUUGUUGACAAGGACAAAAGGAAUCAAUGUAGAUAUUGUCGAUUAAGGAAGUGUUUUAGAGCAGGAAUGAAAAAAGAAGCUGUGCAAAAUGAGCGUGAUAGAAUAAGCACCAGAAGAAGCACAUUUGAUGGCAGCAAUAUCCCCUCCAUUAACACCUUGGCCCAAGCGGAAGUUCGAUCGCGCCAGAUCUCAGUCUCAAGCCCUGGAGCAAGCACUGACAUAAAUGUUAAGAAAAUUGCAAGUAUUGGUGAUGUCUGUGAAUCAAUGAAACAGCAGCUCUUAGUCUUGGUGGAAUGGGCUAAAUAUAUUCCUGCCUUCUGUGAGUUGCCAUUGGAUGAUCAGGUGGCACUGCUGAGAGCUCACGCAGGGGAACACUUACUGCUGGGAGCUACAAAGAGAUCCAUGAUGUAUAAAGAUAUUUUGCUUUUGGGAAACAACUAUGUUAUUCACCGCAACAGCUGUGAGGUCGAGAUCAGCCGUGUGGCCAACCGGGUUCUAGACGAGCUGGUUCGACCAUUUCAAGAAAUCCAGAUUGAUGACAAUGAGUAUGCUUGUUUGAAGGCGAUUGUAUUUUUUGAUCCAGAUGCAAAAGGGCUAAGCGACCCAAUGAAAAUUAAGAACAUGCGGUUCCAGGUGCAGAUCAGCUUGGAGGACUACAUCAAUGAUCGGCAGUAUGACUCCCGGGGCCGGUUUGGGGAGCUGCUUCUGCUCCUGCCCACUCUGCAGAGCAUCACAUGGCAAAUGAUUGAACAAAUACAGUUUGUUAAGCUUUUUGGAAUGGUUAAAAUUGACAACCUACUUCAGGAAAUGUUACUGGGUGGUGCUUCCAACGAUGGUGGCCAUCUCCAUCAUCCAAUGCACCCACAUUUGUCUCAAGAUCCAUUAACUGGACAGACUAUACUUUUAGGUCCCAUGUCAACACUGGUUCACACAGACCAGAUCUCAACUCCUGAAACCCCGCUCCCUUCUCCAACACAAGGCUCUGGACAAGAACAGUACAAAAUAACUGCAAACCAAGCCUCAGUCAUUUCACACCAGCCUCUCUCCAAACAAAAGCAAUUGUGAAAGUAUGUUUACUUCGAACGGCACUGCAUACAUGUGAAAACUUGUUGGUCUUGGAAAAUCUCAGGAUACUUUUGCAAACACUUAGCCAAG